UGUGUAGGAAGAAAGGAAGCAUCUAGAACGAUGAAUGGAGUCCGAUCACCCCGUCCGCCCAUCCGCUCCACUUCCUCUAACCACGGGAUCCGAGAAUCGCGACAGCGGACUGGAGGCGGAGAUGUGUUCUUUUUCCCGCUUCGCCAUCAACUUUUUGAGACCAUCUUUUUUCCCGCUUGCACGCUGCAACCAGCAUUCUGAAUCAUAUCAUCAUCCAAGCCCUGAUUUCCAUCAGUACUGUGGUACUUCAUCUAAGUUUGAUUAUUACUACAUCAACUUCUGCCAUCUCCCAGCCUUCAACACUUAGUCUUCAAAUCCGGCCCAGCCAAACACCGUCACCAUGGUCAAUCCCGCAAUUACCAAUGUCCUCAUCAUACUAUUUAUGAUGCAGGUGUCCAAGAGGGUUCCCUUCGAAGAUCCUAAUGUCCUGAACCUCAUCCGCGGCCUCUAUGUCCUCUCGAACGUCAUAAUCGCCAGCGCAUACUUUUACGUGAAGUUGCAGAUAGACAAGAAGAAGGAUCUCACCGUCCUCAAAUACGUCGAGCCCGCACCAAUGGGUUCCACCGAGGAGCCGAAGGCUGUCACCACGACCAUCCAAGCAUACGACUAUAGCCAACUCCGCCAACUCUUCAAGUCCCAGCUCAUGGGUGUCGGCAUGAUGGGCGUGAUGCACAUCUACUUCAAAUAUACCAACCCGCUGCUCAUCCAGAGCAUCAUCCCUUUGAAGGCCCUGUUCGAAGGCAACCUGGUCAAGGUCCACGUUCUCGGACGCCCAGCGAGUGGAGAUUUGAAGCGCCCAUGGAAGGCUGCCGCUGGCUUCAUGGGAAUGCCGGCUGGCGGAGAGAUCAAGACCGAUAAGAAGAGCAUUGAGCAGGCGGAGAAGUCUGGACGUGGUGGUGCAAAGGAGGAGUAAAUGGUCAAUGCUAUGCAUACAGUGCGUUGAACAAUCGGUACUGGAGUUUUGCCCUAGAUUCUACCCGGAUUCUACCCCGAUUCUACCUGGCCACAACUCUACUUGCUUAUACAUGUUAGCCAGCA